AUGCCCAAAGAUGACCAUGGCCCGUUGGCCAACGAGGAAAAGGCGCAUUCGCAGCCUACCCUCCAAAGCUCCAGCCAUGUCAUGUCCAAGCAAGUCGUCUCCUGCGAACCCCAUCCCGACCGGAUGACCCGAAACGGGCUCAACAUCGAGUCGUUCAAAAAGGCCCAUUACGGCAAGGGGCUCGUCGAGCUCGAGAGACCCAUGCGGGCGCGCCAUCUCAACAUGAUCGCCAUCGGGGGCUCCAUUGGCGCUGGCUUCUUUGUUGGAUCCGGCAAUGCGCUUGCCAAAGGCGGACCCGGCUCGCUGUUUGUGGAUUUCCUCAUCAUCGGCAUCAUGAUGUUCAAUGUCGUGCACGCCCUGGGCGAGCUGGCCGUCCUGUUCCCCGUGUCAGGUGGCUUCUACACGUAUUCGGCUCGCUUCAUCGAUCCAUCCUGGGGAUUCGCCAUGGGCUGGAACUAUGUUCUGCAGUGGGCCUCGGUUCUCCCCCUCGAGCUUACCGUCUGCGGCAUCACCAUCCAGUACUGGAACCCCGACAUUUCCGUCGGCGUCUGGAUCGCCGUCUUCAUCGCCGUCAUCAUCAUCAUCAAUAUUUUCGGGGCCCUGGGCUAUGCGGAAGAGGAAUUCUGGGCAUCGGCCUUUAAGCUCAUCGCCAUUGUGAUAUUCAUGAUCAUCGCCCUCGUGCUAGUGUGCGGCGGCGGUCCCAAAGGCUACAGAUACGACCAUUACUGGGGUGCGCGAUAUUGGCAUGACCCUGGAGCGUUCAAGAAUGGAUUCAAGGGCUUUUGCGCCGUCUUCGUUACCGCGGCCUUCUCCUUCUCCGGCACCGAACUAGUCGGUCUUGCUGCGGCAGAGUCUCGCAAUCCCGCCAAGUCCAUGCCCUCUGCUAUAAAGCAGGUCUUUUGGCGCAUCACCCUCUUUUACAUCCUGGGCUUGUUCUUCGUCGGCCUUCUCAUCGAUGACAGAGAUGACAGACUCUUGCAAACCGGCUCGUACAACAACGACCCCAAGGCGUCGCCCUUUGUGCUUGUUGGGCAAUACGCCGGCCUCAAGGGGUUUGACCACUUUAUGAACUUUACCAUCUUGGUCUCUGUCCUGUCCAUUGGUGUGUCUGGUAUUUACGGAGGCUCCAGGACCCUCACCGCGCUUGCCCAGCAGGGCUAUGCGCCCAAGAUUUUCACCUACAUUGACAAGUCGGGCCGGCCGCUAUUCUCGGUCCUUGCGCUCAUUCUGUUUGGCUGCAUCGCCUUUGUCAGCUUGAGCGCCUCUGGGCCCGUCGUGUUUUCGUGGUUGCAGGCCAUUUCUGGUCUUGCCGUCUUGUUCACCUGGGGAUCGGUGUGUCUGGCUCACAUCCGCUUCCGCAAGGCGUGGGCUUACCACGGGCAUACCCUUGACGAGAUUCCCUUUCGAGCUGCCGGUGGAGUUUGGGGCUCGUGGCUGGGUCUCUUUCUUUGCGUGCUUGUUCUCAUGGCUCAGUUCUACUCCGCCAUUACUGUGCUCCCCCCGAAUACUGGCUUGGCCACCGCCGAGAGCUUCUUCCAGCAGUAUCUUGCCGCUCCCGUCAUUCUCUGCUUCUGGGUCGUCGGAUACAUCUGGAAACGCCAGGGAUGGGUACGGACCUCCCAGAUGGACGUCGACACUGGCCGUCGCGAGGUCGACUGGGACGAGAUCAAGGCAUACAGAGCCAGGGUCGCCGCAUACCCUGCUUGGAGACGUAUCCUCCACGAGUUUUGCUAA